AUGAAUGCCGCCGCCGCCGCCCGAGCGUCCAUGAUCCGGACGUCGAUGUACCAACGAAAUGGCGCCUACAGCAACGACGCCGAGGCGGUCCCGCCAUUGCCGGACGGGCGAAACAUUGCACCUCGAUACCGACAACCGCAGAAUGAAUACUGGAGCGAGGAUGUGGGCUACCAGGAGCCGCAGCGUGUCAUCCAGGUCGUUGAUUACAUGGCGUACAAGGAGCGUUGCGAGCAGGAACGACAGGAGAGUUCCUCCGUCUUCCCCGGCUUCUACCGAACCGAGACCAACAGCACCGUCGACACUUUGGAUAAGCCUCGGCCGGAAUUCGUCGUCGAGCUCGAGUCCUCGGCCCGUGGCAGGAUCGUGCGCAUGUUCACCGUGUACCCCUACAAGGACAUGAACUGGAUCGUCGCCGUGCUCUUCAUCGCGGGCAGCAUGUCGUUCGUCACCAACGGCAUAUUCGGUCUCCUUCCUCCGGUCUCCAAGGCCAUAGGGCCGGCGACCCUCACGACGGGCUCGAUCCUCUUCACCAUCGCCGGCACGCUUGGCAUCUUUGCCGCCUUCAACGCCAACCGCGGCACCAUCGAGGUCACAAAGGGGGGCGUGGGCACGUAUCGACCGGCCCUCGUCGGUUCCAGCAGCUGGGUGUGGUUCCCGUCGUCGGCCGAGUUCCUCGCCGUCUUCCGAACGCUGCCUUUCCAGGUCGGGUGGUGGUCGACCUUUGCCGGCCUGAUCCUGGGCGUGUCCACCGUGUCCUCGUUCCCAGGCGUCUUCAAGGACCCGGCCUCCAACAUGGUGCUGUACCAGGCCCUCGUGUACCUGCCCAAGGUCAUCGGCGGCAGCAUCCUGGUCGUCGCCAACAUCGGCCUGCUCGUCUUCCUGCAGGACAGCUGGUUCAAGCCGAAGCCGUCGUCCCCCGACUGGCUCGGCACCUUUCUCAACACGGUCGGCUCGGCUGGUUUCGGCAUGAUUGGAGUGUUUUUGCUGCUGGGCGACGGCGACAGGGCGAACCAGGCCGCGCUCUUGGGCAGCAGUUUCUUCCUGAGUGGCACUAUAGUUGGGUUGUACAGUCUGAUGGAGUUUCACCCGGACGCCUGGGCUGCAUGA